AUGUCGAUUUCUUCCGCCUUCUCUACUGCAGUCGUGUUGCUCUCUCUUGCUUUUCGCCUAUUCUGUCAAGUGGCAUUUUUCACGCCAACACAGUCGUCUGCUUCAUUUCCGUUCCUCGCGGUAGCAGGUCAAGGGGUAUACCCAGCAGACUCUGGGGGAUUUCCCUCUCUAUCACCCCUUCAGCAACUGCAGAUUUUGCAGCAACGACGCACUCUUCCUCCUGGAGCGUUCGGUGUAUCUUCGUCGCCGUCGUCGCCCUCCGCCGUGGGCACCGGCCAGCACCUCCCCCGUCAGGGUCCCUCUCUCCCUUCAUCUUAUCCGAAUAAUCAUAGCUUUCCGUCUCCUUACUCGCUUCCUGCCCCCUACGGGGUAGGAGAAAUGACGAUGUCUUAUUCAGCCUCACCCACGCCUCCGGUGUACGGACACCAGACUUCGCCCUCAACUCAAAACGUCUCCUCUCAGGUAUAUGCACAGCAAGUCCCCGCUUUGCCUUCGCAUCCUCCAGCGUACGGUCACCCUCUCGAGCUACCUCAUCAAAGCCCAGGAAGUUAUUCUUCUCAACCACGAAAUCCUUCCCAGUUUGCUGCCAGCGGCCUCCCGUCUUUCUCUGUUUCCUCUGCGCAGCCAACUGGUUUGUCGUUGCCACAAGAUCUGCAGCACGGAAGCGCGCGUGGAGACAGCCCGGGGGCAGCGGGGUCGACAGAGGUAUCUGCGAAUGCAGGAAUUUUGUCGUCCCUUUCACCAGAAGAACAGCGGGAACUUUUGAGGCUAUUAGGAGGAGGACGAGGAGGCGACGUCUCGCAUAGAAACACCGGAAUGAUUGAAGGCAGCAGCUUCGUGCAAGUGCCUUCGCCUCCCGCAAACCCUGGGGUGUCCAUACACCCGAACCAGCCUCCCACCUCUGCAGAACAGAUGAUAUACAGCCACAGUCACCGCCAACAGAAAGGUCUUUCACAGUUUGAGUAUGACCAGGCCGCAGGGGGCAAUUCUCGUAGCGGCCCUCCGCAGAAUUCUGCACAAGUCUACGAAAUGCUGCAGAGAAAUAACCACCGUCAAGCCUCUGGAAACGCGGCUCAUGUUGAGUAUUCCCGUCCUCCGGCUUCAUCUCCCCUUCCUGCGCUUCAUCAACAGCUCCUUCGUUCUUCAUCUCUCGCUUCUCCUCCUCCUCUCUCCCGAAGCCCCCCCGCCUCCUCUGUCUCACCGCCGCCCACUCUUCCUGCUUUCUCUCCUUCUUUCGCUCCUUCCUCGUAUUCCCCCUCUCCACCUUAUUCUUCUCCUCACGCCGCGUUCUCUCAGUCGUCUCCUUAUGCAACCGCUUCUUCUGCACACUCGACGGGCUUUCAGUCAGGCGCAGUUGAUUCGACUCUGCUCUUGUCGCCCCAAAAGUCUUUUGCUCUUCCUCCUUUCUUCUCGUCAGUCCUCAGAGCUCUCCUGGAUGACCUUGCUCACGGAAGAACGGAAACGGUGGAGGAAGUUGCGGGGGUCCUUCUUCAGCACUUGCCCGAGCAGCAGAGACACCAAGUUUUCGCCAUUCUGACGAAGGCCCUAGCAGCAGCCAAAGCCAAGAGCGACGCGUCCCCUUCUGCGCAGCUCCCUCAGACAAUGUCGGGAUUCUCAAGUGUCUCUACACCUCAGCAGGUGGGACAGGGCUUCGUGGAGACAGGCAGCCGUGGAGGUGAGGGCGCGUCCUUCUUCUCUUCUCCCUCCCCUUUUCCUUAUCCUUCCUUCUCUCCCGCUUCGGCGGCAUUUCCUCCUCUUCCUGCGCAUAGCUCCACAAAUGUGCCUGCUGGUUUCCCUCCCCUUUCAAUGGAGUGUGCACAACUGUGCAUUCCAGAAAGCGAAAAGGAAAUAAACGAGGGACCGUACCUCGGGCAAGUCUUGUGUGGCUCAGAUGGCCUCGUCUACCCAACAGUUUGCGACUAUGAGAGAGCGCGAUGCAUGCAUCCUCAGCUCGAAAUCAUUAGCCUCAGCAGAGAUGGAAGAGACUGCCCUCCGCCUCCACCCCCUUUUCCUUCUUCUUCCAAGUCCUCUCCUCUUUCUCCCCCUUCUCCGCCUUCUUCCCCUUCUCCUCCUCCCCCUCCUCGCUCUCCUCCGUCUCUUUCUCCUUCCUUUCCUUCCUCUUCUUCUCUGGCGUCUCCAUCUCCUUCUCCACAGGAUUCACUCCGGCAGUGUUUGUCUCUGCCUGCCUGCCAGGGGCAAGCGAACCGCUCUUCGACCGCGGCGUCUCACUCCUCGCCCUUCUCUCCAGGAGCGUCGCUGCAUGCAGACCAAAUGUGGGAGCCGCAGUGCGCCUCGGAUGGAAACACCUACGCCAAUCCGUGCAUAUUUGGCGUUGAAGCGUGUGUGAGAAAAGUCACUGGGCAGGCGCCGCUUUUCAAGGUCCAUGAGGGCGUUUGUGGAGAGCGCUCGCCGGACUCUGGCGCUCUUUCUUCCUCAGCUUCUUCCGUGUCUCCAGUCUUCGCGGCGUCCCGUGACGCUGGCAGUGAGGCGGGAGCUUUCGCAGAGAGGCAGGACGAAAAACGCGGGACGCAAAAGGCCAGUGAGGAAGGACGGCCGCCUGUGGAGAACUCGCCGGGUUCGCUCUCUCCCCUCCGAGGAGCCGGUGCGACGAUAAAGUCGGGGCCGGCUGCGUUAGAAGCAAGCAGGCAAGCAGGAACUCCGGAGACAAGCGAGAAGCCAAGCAGCCGAGACGAAGACGGACGAGCGAAGUCCCAAGGAGCUGAGGAGAGACACGGAGAGAGCAAAGCUGACGACGAGACGAGACAAACGGCAAAGCAACCCGAAGAAGGCAAACCCACCGAAUCACAGCCAGCAAAUCGACCUCCUUCUACUGCUUCGUUCGUCCCGUCUUCCUUCUCUUCAUCGGCGACACAGACGACGUCUUUGGUUGCUUCGGAUGAGGGCCUGGUAGCCGAACCUCAGGGCGGGGACGAGCAGAAGAAGUUGCACCAGGUCGAAAGGGAGCAAAGUGAGAAGGAACCGUCAAGACUUCCUCAAAGCGUCAGAUUGAAUCACGCCAGAGAAAAACCAUCCUUCCCUGGAGGGUCGCCUACCGACGAAAAACUUCAUCCCCCCGCCUUCCACAGCAAGCCUCUGUCACCAGACAGAAAGCGACACCAACUGCCCUCCGCCGGAACGCCUCCACCUGCUUCGUCCUCUCACCCUCCUUCUCGCUCACCUGCUCCUCCUUCUCCUCCAUCUUCCACGAAUUCUUCUUCCACGGAUUCUUCUUCCAUGGAUUCUUCUUCCAUGGAUUCUUCUUCCAUGGAUUCUUCUUCCACGGGUUUUUCUUCCACGGAUUCUUCUUCCCGUUCUUCUGCGUCGCCCUCCUCAUGUGUGCAAACGGCCUCUGGCGAGCUCUGCGCAGUCGGCGCUCCUGUGGCGACUCCACGAGGGCGGCCUCAGGCAGGAGGAGAAGAGCGAGAAGCAGAGAAACUCCCGAAAGAGUCCGUUGGUCAAGCGUUGGUGGGCAGAGUCUCCGCUCUUCUGAGGGGUGAAUCUCUGCCUGGUCAGGGAGCGGCGAUUGAGGCAGCAGUUGAAGACGCGAAACGGAUCUCGGCGGCGCGCGAGGAAGAGGCGGGUGAGAGUGAACAAGAAGGCGAACAGCCGGAUGACGAGGACGCAGCAAAGAAACUUCAGAACCUCAGAGAGAAAAUGCACACAAAUGCACAGAAAACAGCUGUGCAGCAGUUGAUGGACAGGCGCGAAGCAGUGCAGAAUCUCCAGAAACUGCAAAACCUUCAACUCGAGUUAGAGCAACAGCGCCCGGCUUCCCAGUUCGACGCCAAGAACUUCCUCGCAUCUCUCCACGGGGUGGGAUCUAUCCAAGAGUUGAUGGAAGAACGGACCCGGCAAAAGCUAGAAGAACUCCAGAGAGCCGAGUCGCCGAGAGGAGAAGCACAAACCGAAAAUGACGCACCACAAGGCCGCGGGGCUCCUUUUCCUUCUCCCGGUGGGGAAACGCCUCUAGGGCCGUUGCCUGUGCCACAGGUCGCCGGAGGUAGUGUUUCUGGAUUUCCUUCUUCACAGCCUUUCGUCUCUUCACAUCGUACAGGAAGCAGCGGUGUGUAUGGGGAUACACCGGGAGGUCAAGCAGCGGCAGGCGAUAUCUCUCAGCGCAUCGGGAUGCCGACGCCAGCUCAGCACGUUCCGGAACAGAGGGGCGUGUCUCCUUCCGCUCCGCCUCAGAUCUCGUCUUUUCCUCCGGCUUUCUCGCCUCCGCUGUCUCCCAGUGCGCCGCUUCCUCCAGUGUAUCUUCCUCCCUCGACGCCGCGUCCUUCCCACCUCCAGGGCUUUUCUACAGGUGGCGCGCCUGCACUUUCUCCUUCGCCUGCUUCCGUCCACUCCCUCUCUGCGACUCGCCCCGUCGACUUCUUCCCUGUCCCUCUUUCUCCUUCUCCCGCCUUCUCGUCUCCCUCCUUGCCGCAAAACGCCCUGGUGUCUCAUAACACAGAAAACAGGUCGACUUCUUUCUCGUCUUCCGCUGCUCCUGCCGUUUCUCCUUUGACAUAUCCCUCCUUUGCUCCCCCUUCCCCUCCUCGUUCCUCUCCCCUUUCUCCUGUACCUUCUUCGCCGCUAUCUCCCUCGUCGUCGCCUUCCCCUUCAUCGAAUUCUUUCGGUCCUCCUUCACCGUCUCCAUCUGCGGCUUCGGCUUCCCCAUCUCUGUCUGCCUCGUCUCCACCUUCCCCAUCUUCCUCUUUGUCUUCCUUUUCUGCGCCUAGUCAGUGCAAUUUUCUCUGUCCCUCCGGAGGCCCCGUCGUUUGCGGAACUGACGGUCAGACGUACGCGAACGAAUGCGAGGUUCGGGUAUACGCAUGCUUGCAGCGGUCGGCGGCACUGCAGGUGAAGCAUCGCGGUCCGUGCAAGAAGCAAGGUGCGCGUUUGGAAGAGACGAGGGAGAAGGCAAAGGGAGCGCAGCCUGACGCGACGGCGCGGAUAGGCCAGGAAGACGACAGAAGGGCUGCUGAGGGACGGGGGCCGGAAAGUGGGCGACGCCGAGAUAUAAAGACAGAGGGGAAGUCAAACGACCCCCCAAGACCCGGCACAGACACCUCGCGUCCUUCCUCCGCUUCCCCGCGCUCUUCUGCGCCUCAGGCGAAAAACGCACGAUCCACGCUCGGCGAUGGUGCGCCAAGCGAAACGCAGCAUCUUGCUGGAGAAAUCUACCCUGAGAGGCAGAAUGGGAGAGGCGAGAGGCGCCCGGGUGUGGGUCCGGUCCGUAGCGAAGAGGACGCAUUUCUGCUGGGAGGGAAAGACGAGCUCGAUCCCAGAAGCUUUUCUCUCGCUCUGGAUGGCAUCACCCAGACGCUCCCUGCCGAGCACUCCACACCGAGCGGACGCAGCCGGGUGGUUCCUCCUUUCCUUCUGCGCGAAGGCGAAGAAAGAGAAGGCAAACCCCCAACUGUGUCGGCUUCCUCUGCGUCUUCUGCUCCAUCUGGCUCUGUCUCUUCGUCUCUGGGAGCGAAGCCGGAGGCGGAGACUGAGAGCGAGGGUAGCCGGCAAGCAGCGAGGGCGCCGAAGGACGAGGCUCUACAUCACGACAGUGAGCAGGAUGAAAUCGGAGGGCGAGGGAAGCGACGGGAGAUCGAGACGCAGAUUAUGGCGGGGCGCAGGAGCGAGGUGCGUGAACACGCAGAAGAAAAGGAAGGAGAGAGGACCAGCUUCGAAAGUUCAACCCGGCAAAGUUCCCUUGCGUCGGGGAGAUCCGGAGGGGUGUCGCUGCUGCAGGGCUACGCAAAGGAAGGCAGAAAUUGGGAGGAUGCCCGAGAAGAAAAGGUGUUUUUAGAGCCAACUUCAAAGACGAGACAGAACGCCAGAGGAGGAACGGGAAGUGGAGAGAGGGAAGAAGAAAGUGGGGCUGCAACUUCGGCGUUUUCUCAGUUGACUGGCGGGUCGUCCAGAGCCAGCGCCGAGAACGAAGAGUUUCUGCAAAGCAAGUCUCUCGCAUCUUCUCGAGAGCACGGCGAAAAGGCGGAAAGACAUGAGGAGGGGGAUCGAGGACCUUCUGGACGUGACAGUGAGAACCCAAGAGAAAAGGAGGUGGACUAUCUCGAGGAUCUCGCGCGUCUGAAAGCCAUGAUCGACUUUGACAGCUUUGAAGACGAGAAAGACGGAGAGACAGGACUAGAGUACGAAGAUGGGAUUAUCCACGAUCACCCCUACAUCUACGUUGAAGGCCAAGAGGCAGCGAAAGGAGAGAAUCCACCCGGCUUCUCGAUAAAGGCAGCAACAGAUGCUCUUCUGCAUGAGCAACAAGCUACUGCACUCGCUUCCCCGGUACAGACGCCUCAGUCGGCCCCCGUCUGGGAGGCAGAACCAGAUCGAGGCGGAAAGCUCGCCACAAAACCAAAAGGAGGCAGCGCAACUACGACGCCUACGACUCCCCCACCUCCAAAUCUUUUUGGGUUCUUGAAGUGGCUGUAG